AUGCAUGCUGCCAUAUCGAUGGACAAGACCGAGAUUCUAGAUGCUGCCCUGGAUGAUUUUGCUGAGGGCUACUUUGGUCUUUCGACCGAUGACAAGCGAACGCUAUUGCUAAAACUUGCUAAAGAAUAUGAUCUCAAUCGGAAUCAAGUUCGUGAAUUGAUUAAGCAAUAUCUUUCACUCGAGCUUCCAAGUGGUGAUAAUGCUGUGGGAAAUUUGCAUGAGGGCGAGGGGGCGUUUUCGGCUUUUUAUAGGAUAGAGAGGAAUUUGAGGCACACUUUAAAGCCAAUGUAUGAGGUUCUGUUCGAGAGGUUGAACACUCACCCUGGUGGAUUGAGAUUCUUGUCGACUAUGAGAGCCGACAUAUUAUCUUUUCUCGCUGAGGAAAAUAUAGCGCCUUUGAGGGCAUUGGACUCCUACUUGAAAGAGAAGCUUAUUACGUGGCUCAGCCCAGCAAAUCUACAGCUGAACAACAUAACAUGGGACGAUCCAGCUUCCUUGUUAGAGAAGAUUGUGGCGUAUGAGGCCGUGCAUCCAAUCAGCAACCUUUUGGAUCUAAAGCGAAGGCUGGGUGUAGGGCGGCGUUGUUUCGGGUACUUACAUCCAGCAAUUCCAGGUGAACCACUGAUUUUUAUUGAAGUAGCUCUCAUGAAGAAUGUGGCUCGAACAAUACAGGAAGUUUUGUGGGAUGAUCCUCCAACAGUCGAAAAUGAGGCGACGUGUGCACUAUUUUAUUCCAUAUCUUCCACUCAGCCCGGUUUAUCUGGAAUCAACUUGGGGAAGUUUCUCAUCAAACGUGUGAUUGAUUUGGUGCGAAGGGACAUGCCGAAAAUCUCAACAUUUGCUACGCUUAGCCCUAUACCGGGUUUUAUGCAAUGGCUUUUCUCAAAGUUGGCAUCAAUUGGGAGAUCCGAUUCUACUUUCAGCGAGAAUUUGCUGAACGAAGAAGAAGAAAGGGUCCUUCUUGAAGCAACCGAAGAAGUUACCACUGGGAAAACGGGGAUGGAAGUACUGCGGGACUUAUUAUCCUCACCCGAUCACCAAUGGACCAAAUCAGAUAAAUUGACGAUAGCAUUAAAGAUCCCUUUAAUGAGACUCUGUGCAAGGUAUCUUCUUCAAGAGAAGAAGCGAGGAAAAGCUUUGGAUUCUGUUGGAAAUUUCCACUUGCAAAAUGGGGCGAUGGUUGGAAGGGUUAAUUGGCUGGCCGAUCGGUCGGAGAAAGGUUUAAACCAAAGUGCUGGAAUUAUGGUCAACUACAUCUAUAAGGUGGAUCAUAUUGAAGAAAAUGCUCAAUCUUACUUUAGUAAAGGACAAAUCCAAGCUUCCGAAGAAGUUAGAAUCUACCUUGACGCAAAGUUAAACCUUCACGACGAGACAGAGGAUUAG